CUCGGCUUUAGUAUUGAGUAUUAGUAGUAUUCAGUAGUACUGCUCAAGUAGUACUGGAUGGGCUACACAACCAACUCAACCUUACUCUCCCUCUCUCCAUCACACAAAAACAUCAUAUGAGCAAGGGCACAUGCAUUCACCCCCAGAUAUCUAUUUCACAAGUGAUCGAUUCAAUUAUUCGUAUUCAUGUCACCGAUCCCAGAGUAAGAAAAGAAAAGCAUCUGCCCGUGUGGAGUGAAGCAGCAGCAGCAACCGGGUGUGAUUGGCCAGGCAUCCAGUCACUCGGCGGUUAUUGGCUAUUGGUUUUAUUUUUUCUUUUUCAUCCUCGUCUGAAUCGUCGUCGCCCCUCACGUCCGCCUGUCUCUGCUGUCUCCCCUCUCCCUGUAACUAAUGCGAAUUGGGAUCCUCGCUGCAUCGUCAAUAAUCAAUCGUGCUACUACGCAGUACUCAUCAUCAUCAUCAUCAUCAUCACUCAAUCCGCGGCAAUGGUUCGUCUUUUUGCUAGCCGCAUCGAUCAGCUGCUUCUGUAAGUGCUUUUUUUUUUUCCUUAUUCGCUUUCUUCAUUCUUCCCCCUCUACCUCGGUCCUAACCUCAUCCUGCACCGAGAGGAUCAGAAAGACGCAUGUCAAAAAUGGAGUGAU